UGUUUCCGCAGCGGGAAAAACCAAUUGCAUUUGCUCGCUACCAAAAACUGGCGGGAACCUUAUUCAUUAAUCAUUCACUCCACUACACUUCUCUGUUCUCUCUGUCCCCUAAACCCUCCUCCUCCGCCUUCUCGUUUAUAGUGACAGCCAUGAGCAGCGGCGGCCGGAAACGCCGUGCUCCACCGACUUCGCAUCCCUCGCCGGCCACCCAGGCGAAAACCCAGGCCCUGUCUCAGGAAGAUGAUUUCGUCGAUGAGGAUGUGUUCCUCAACGAAACCCUCAUCACGGAGGACGAAGAGUCCCUCAUCCUCCGCGACAUCGAGGAGCGCCAGGCCCUCGCUAACCGCCUCUCCAAGUGGACCCGCCCUGCCCUCUCCUCCGACUACGUUUCGCAAUCUUGCAGCGUCCUUUUUCAGCAGCUGGAGAUUGAUUACGUAAUUGGAGAGAGCCACAAAGAGUUGAUGCCGAAUUCGUCUGGACCUGCUGCUAUAAUUAGAAUAUUUGGUGUUACAAAGGAAGGACACAGUGUUUGCUGCAAUGUUCAUGGGUUUGAACCAUAUUUCUACAUCAGCUGCCCGCCUGGAAUGGGUCCGGAUGAUAUCUCCCAUUUUCAUCAAACUCUUGAGGGAAGGAUGCGAGAGGCCAAUAGAAACAGUAACGUGGGCAAAUUUGUUCGUCGUAUUGAAUUGGUGCAGAGAAGGAGCAUUAUGUAUUAUCAGCAGUCCAGUUCUCAUCCCUUUCUCAAAAUUGUAGUUGCUCUCCCCACAAUGGUUGCCAGCUGCCGUGGUAUUCUUGAUAGAGGUAUUCAGCUUAAUGGUCUUGGCAUGAAGAGCUUCAUGACUUAUGAAAGCAAUGUACUUUUUGCCCUUCGCUUCAUGAUUGAUUGCAAUAUAGUUGGUGCAAGAAGCUUGUCUAACUGUCAGUUAGAGUUUGAUUGCUUGCAUUCGGAAUUGAUUAGCCAUGCUCCAGAAGGUGAAUAUUCAAAGAUGGCACCAUUUCGCAUAUUGAGUUUUGACAUUGAGUGUGCUGGUCGUAAAGGUCAUUUUCCUGAGCCUACCCAUGAUCCUGUUAUCCAGAUUGCUAAUCUAGUUACAUUACAAGGAGAAGAUCAGCCAUUCAUCCGUAAUGUGAUGACCCUUAAUUCAUGUUCUCCCAUAGUUGGUGUUGAUGUGAUGUCGUUUGAUACAGAAAGAGAAGUCCUUCUGGCCUGGAGGGAUUUCAUCCAUGAAGUUGAUCCUGAUAUUAUAAUUGGAUAUAACAUCUGCAAAUUUGACCUGCCAUAUCUUAUUGAGAGAGCUCAAGCCUUGAAAAUAGCAGAAUUUCCUAUUCUGGGCCGUAUCAGGAACAGUAGGGUCCGAGUAAAGGAUACAACUUUUUCAUCUAGACAGUAUGGAACCAGAGAAAGUAAAGAAGUUGCUGUAGAAGGGAGAGUUCAAUUUGAUCUGCUCCAGGUUAUGCAAAGAGACUACAAAUUAAGUUCUUAUUCUUUGAAUUCUGUUUCAGCACACUUUCUUUCUGAGCAGAAAGAGGAUGUUCACCAUUCUAUCAUAUCUGAUCUUCAGAAUGGAAAUGCAGAAACUAGGAGGCGCCUUGCUGUGUAUUGUUUAAAGGAUGCUUAUCUCCCUCAACGGCUUUUAGAUAAAUUGAUGUUCAUUUAUAAUUAUGUGGAGAUGGCUCGAGUAACAGGUGUCCCAAUUUCUUUUCUGCUUGCUAGGGGCCAAAGCAUUAAGGCAAAGCAGAAGAACCUGGUUCUUCCUAAUGUAAAACAGGCUGGUUCAGAACAAGGAACAUAUGAAGGUGCCACUGUAUUGGAGGCAAGAGCUGGGUUCUAUGAAAAGCCAAUUGCUACUUUAGAUUUUGCAUCACUAUAUCCAUCUAUUAUGAUGGCCUAUAAUUUAUGUUAUUGUACCCUGGUGACUCCUGAAGAUGUUCGGAAACUUAAUCUUCCUCCAGAAUCAGUGAACAAAACUCCAUCUGGGGAAACAUUUGUUAAAUCAAAUUUGCAGAAGGGAAUACUUCCUGAAAUUCUUGAAGAGCUUUUAGCCGCGCGUAAAAGGGCAAAAGCAGAUUUGAAGGAGGCAAAAGAUCCCCUUGAGAAAGCCGUGCUUGAUGGUAGACAACUGGCCCUGAAGAUCAGUGCAAAUUCUGUAUAUGGGUUUACUGGGGCAACUAUUGGUCAGUUACCAUGCUUGGAGAUAUCGUCAAGUGUAACUAGCUAUGGUCGACAAAUGAUUGAGCACACAAAAAAACUUGUGGAAGAUAAAUUUACAACUCUUAAUGGCUAUGAACACACUGCCGAGGUAAUAUAUGGUGACACGGAUUCAGUCAUGGUUCAGUUUGGUGUCUCUACGGUAGAAGAGGCUAUGAACCUGGGAAGAGAAGCUGCUGAAUAUAUUAGUGGAACUUUCACAAAACCCAUCAAACUAGAGUUUGAGAAGGUUUACUUUCCAUAUCUCCUAAUUAGCAAGAAGAGAUAUGCUGGUUUGUUUUGGACAAAACCAGACAACUUUGACAAAAUGGACACUAAAGGUAUUGAAACAGUUCGGAGAGACAAUUGUUUAUUAGUCAAAAACCUUGUGAACGAUUGCCUUCACAAAAUAUUGAUUGAUAGGGACAUCCCUGGGGCAGUUCAAUAUGUUAAAAAUGCAAUUUCAGAUCUUCUUAUGAACCGAAUGGAUUUAUCACUUUUGGUUAUUACAAAGGGUUUGACAAAGACAGGAGAUGAUUAUGAAGUGAAGGCAGCUCAUGUUGAACUUGCUGAAAGGAUGCGCAAGCGAGAUGCUGCCACUGCUCCAAAUGUUGGGGAUAGAGUACCAUAUGUCAUUAUUAAAGCUGCAAAGGGUGCCAAGGCUUAUGAGAGAUCAGAGGAUCCAAUAUACGUCCUGGAGAACAAUAUUCCUAUAGAUCCCCAAUACUAUCUUGAGAAUCAAAUCAGCAAGCCAAUUCUAAGGAUUUUUGAGCCAAUUCUGAAGAAUGCUAGCAAAGAACUUCUCCAUGGAAGCCACACAAGAUCUAUUUCGAUUUCUACUCCGUCAAACAGUGGCAUCAUGAAAUUUGCUAAGAAACAGCUAACUUGCAUUGGUUGCAAAGCUUUACUUAGCAAGGGAAAUCACACUCUUUGCUCACAUUGCAAAGGAAGGGAAGCCGAGCUGUACUGCAAAACAGUGACACAUGUUUCCGAACUAGAAAUGCUUUUUGGGAGGUUGUGGACACAGUGCCAGGAAUGUCAAGGUUCACUUCAUCAGGACGUUCUCUGUACAAGUCGUGAUUGUCCUAUUUUUUAUCGACGAAAAAAGGCUCAAAAAGAUAUGGCUGAAGCAAAGCUGCAACUUGACCGAUGGAACUUCUAAGAUUUUGUCAAGAUCCAUAAUUAGUUAUUUCUCCGCAUGAAAGCCAGAUACCUUAAUUUUACAAUCGUUCACAUAGUCUAAUUUGCUGUUUUGGGGAUUGAAGCACAACCUGUGUCUGCCUGCGGAUUCGGAAUCCUAUGACAUGCUCCUGGAAGGAAGGUAAAUGUAGUGAGGCUUGAUUUUUGCGUGGUCUAUAUCUAGUCUAGAUAUGAAUUUUCUAGUGGGAUAGUCUAGUUCAUAAUUUAAGCUUGUAUAUUUGUUCAUUAGUUCGGGCACGCUUAAUGUAAAGGUUAUACCAUAAAUUUGUUUCAGUAAAUGACAAAUUUGUUUCUAAAAGAAUUGGCUACUUAAAUGUGAAGGUUAUACCCUGCAAGAAAUCGUAUAAGUUGUCAAUGAGUACUAAGUAGAUAUAAUGAUAAUUUGACGAUCAAAUCCAUGUUUUGAAAUUCUCUCGACAAAGUAUAUCUUAAUUAUGAUCCUUGAA